CCGAGGACCGUUUAUGUCUGUAGCGUGUUAGUUUAGCCUUUUUCUGUUGAUGAUUCGGGUUCAGCCUGAUAUCCGGGGGAGUAAUGACCUUUAUUAAGUGAUUUUACAGAAAUUUAAAAAAAAAAGGAUCGUUUUCGCCCCAACAAUGCCGUCCGGGGCGGGAAGUAUUUCUGUGCGUCAGCUCUGUUUCCUCUCGGGGCGCGAGACCCGAAGGCUUCGCGACGUCGUCUUCUGGGCAGUCUUUGAAACUACCGGUCCGUCAGCGCGUUGUUACUCAGUCGUUAACUUCCAGAGCAUGAAAGCGCUCAGAUUUGGGCUAACCCUUGUUCGGCAUGGGGAAACACAGUACAACAGAGAAGGCCUGCUACAAGGUAGUAUGAUUCAGGAUAUCUGUACUAAGAAAAUCAGAUCAAUUGCUCUCUCUCUCUCUCUCUCUCUCUCUCUCUCACUCUCUCUCUCUCUCUCUCUCUGUCUCUGUCUCUGUCUCUCUCGAGCUUUCUCUGCAUCUUACUUUCAUCUUCCCCUUUUCCUCCACCCAGGCCAGGCUAUAGAUUCACCUCUGUCAGAGACUGGGCUGCAGCAGGCCGAGGCUGCAGGCCAGUACAUGCGAGAUGUCAAGUUCAGCAAUGUGUUUGUCAGUGAUAUGCUGCGGGCCCAGCAGACUGCUGAAACAAUAAUGAAACAGAACAGCAAUUGUUCUGGUCUACAAAUAGUGUGUGACCCUUUACUUAAAGAGAUAAGCUUUGGAAUAGCAGAGGGUGGACGAGUGCAGGAUGUUAAAGACAUGGCCAAGGCAGCUGGUCAGUCAUUUCCAGGCUUCACCCCUCCAAAGGGUGAGACUCAGGAGCAGGUGAAGGAACGGGUCAAAAUGUUUAUGGAGAAAAUGCUCCAGCAAAUCGGGGAAGAACACUGGCAUCAUAGAGGGGAGGAUGAAACCUCCUUAUCUGCUCCACCAGAAACAUCUCCUGUGGAGGGAAAGCCAGAAGAUGGGGUCAGGGGUGUCCCAGUCCAUGCUUUGGUUGUCACCCACGGAGCCUACAUGUGUGUGGCAGUGCGCUACUUUGUGGAGGAGUUACAUUGUUCUUUGCCUAAGGGUUGUGACAAAGCACGUAUGUUCUCUUUAAGUCCUAACACGGGUCUCUGUCGGUUUAUACUAACCCUGAGAAAAGAAGAUGACCACUUCAAAUUGUCAGGGAUCCGCUGUGUGUUUGUCCACAGGGGGGACCAUGUUAAACAGUAGGAGCAGGGAGAGCUAGAUGUCGGGAAAGAUGACAGAGGUUUUGAGGGAUGUGUAGGACACAACUAAGACGGGGAGAUAAUGGUGAAAAGUACAGCAAGAAAACACUGCUGAGACUUAGUACUGAAAGUUUACAAUUUAGAUGAUUAUUUUAAAAUAUUUGUGUAUUUUUCAUUUGGAGCUCAGUCACCGCAAAAUAUAAUUCAUUAAAAUUUUGAAAUCAAUGGACAAACACAUAGUUUUUGCUAGUUGUUCAUUAUAAGUAUGUUUUGACAAUGGAAUUAUCAAAGAAAACAAUCUUAGGUCAAGUAUUGUUGGGUAUUGUUAAGUAUUGUAUAUUAACAAUAGCAGUAAUUUUAAACAAACAUUGUAAAAAAAUUAAUCUUAUUCAGAAUUGCAGUUUAAAAUUACCUUGAUAUGAAAUAUAUAAUAAAACAAAAUGCAUCUUCAUUAUUUUAUACAGUGGCCUACAACAAAUCCUGUUUUCUAUUCCGGAUUUGAAUGCUGUUUCCUGACUUGAGCACCUUCAUUUCACCUCAGAUAGUUUGUGUUGCAACGAGAGGUCAUCGUCACUUUGUUACAGUCUGGUUGUUCAGUACUGUAGGAGUGGGCGGCUUUGUGCUAUAAUGAGUCUGUGUUUCUAUAUUUAUCCUCCAGAAGUUAAUAGAGUUUACGUAAGAACGCAAAGCAGAACUGCAACAGUGUUGACUUUCUGGAAAUCAGCGACACUUUCAUUGUUGUGAAUUAACACGCGUGCCAAGACCUAAUGUGUAGACUGUUUCUCUACUGCAGUUUUUCACUCCUCUCUCAAAUUCAGUGGCUGUUGUCACUGGGAUUUUGUAAUUCAAAAAAACUUUAUAAUCUAUAAAUGCUACAUUAUAAGUUAUUAUAUAAGACUUGAGCAAUGUGGAGUCUAUUUCUUGAAUAAGAAAUUGUAGCUGUUGCGUGUCUCUAUGACUUACUGUAAUUAGUGGAGAAUUGGCACCAGCAGGAGAAGAUGUCUUUUUCUGAUAAAACUGUAGAAAAUCCACAUUCAGUCUUCACUGGUUCUCUUUUGUUCUUCUUUGCAUGACAUUAUCUUUGAUUUUACAUUUUGAUCUUUAAACAUAUCAAGCCUAGAAUGUUUUCAUUUCAAUUAAGCAAGCUUCUUCAUUUACAGUACAGUAUAUCGUUGUCUACAUUUAUUUGAUAUGCAUUACUUAAUUUGGACAUUAUUUGUCCCAGUGUGAUAUUUAUCACUUACAUAACCAAUAGGUUGUGUGCAUAAUAAUCAUGUGAUUUUUUUGUGGUCUUUCCUUGAAAAAUGAUUGGUUGGUGGGCAGAAGCUUGGGCAGCAAUCUAGUUUUGCUAGUAAGUUUUGUGCAGUUCUCCUAAUGUUUUUGGCCAGGAACAUUUUAAAUGUUUAAGUAUAUCCUCAGUGACUCAAGUACAAGUGUUGAUGAUAAGCUUUGAUAAGGCACUUAUCAAAGCUGCUGUUGAGUGGUGGGACUAAUGGGUGCUCUUCCAGUUUGUCUGUGUCAUAGGUCAUUCCUUCAUGCUGUUUCACACUGUCCUCUCAUGCGGAUAUCCCAGAGCAGGUUUCAAAAAUCUCUGAAAAACCACAAUCUGGACUUUUGGGACUCAAAAUACGAAUUACAAAUAGACAGACAACCCACAGAUAGUUACCAUUUAUUUUUCCACAUCAGAAAUAACACAACAUGAAAUAUAUAAAUAAUAAAACAG